UUGAAUCAGAUACAGUUCAUUUCAACAACCCAACCCCUCAUGAGUUUUAGACUUUGUACAUUAUUUUUAGAUAAAAAGUUAGACACUAGAAACGUAAUUGACGUUCAUGAACCGGUUGUAAUUCAAUAGAUAAGUUAACAAAGAUUACAAAGGAGCAAAGAUGGAUGACAUUGAUGCUAUGUUCAGUAACUUGUUAGGAGAGAUGGAUCUCCUUACACAGAGUCUUGGGGUUGAAACAUUGCCUCCAGAGUCAUCUUCAAGCACAAGCAAAGAAGUCAACUUCACCAUGGGCUUCGCUGAUAUGAAUGUUGAAUCCCUGAAUGAACUGGAAGAAAAUGACUUUGAUGCACUAAUGGCUGAUUUAAUGGCUGACCUAAGUGCUACAGAGAACAAGCUAGUGGCAGAGCUAGAAGAGCAAAAAGAUGCUAAAGUGGCAAAUCCGGAUCUACCUGCACCUCCACGAGAACUCAGCUCCUAUGUUGUUCCCUCACUCUCCACCACCACUUCACCUGAUACAGGCCUGAACACUACUUACACCCCACUGGCAGACUCCCACAUACCCUCUUUCUCGCCUCCUCAGCCUCCACAGCAUGAAAAGCCCUCCAUGGAAGACGUAGAGGCUCAGAUCAAAUCAGACAAAAUUAAACUAGCACUGGAGAAGCUGAAAGAGGCCAAAGUCAAAAAGCUGGUGGUGAAGGUUGUGAUGAAUGAUGGAAGCUCCAAGACACUGAUGGUGGAUGAGAGACAGACAGUAAGGGAUGUUUUGGACAACUUGUUUGAGAAGACUCACUGUGACUGUAACGUGGACUGGAGCCUAUCUGAGACCAACCCUGAGCUGCAGCUUGAAAGGGGUUUUGAAGAUCAUGAGAACCUAGUAGACCCAUUAUCUGCAUGGACGAGGGACAGUGAAAACAAAGUUCUUUUCCAAGAGAGGACAGAGAAAUAUGAAGUCUUCAAAAACCCUCAGAACUUUUAUCUGUGGAAGAAGGACAAGAAAACUCUGAAAGACAUGAAAGACAGGGACAAGGAAUUACUUGUGGAGGAGAACUUCUGUGGGCCCUCCAUUAUUGUGCCCGACCUAGAAGGGGUUCUCUAUCUUAGGGAGGAUAACAAGAAGUCAUGGAAACCACGUCUUUUUCUCCUGCGAGCCUCUGGAAUUUAUUAUGUACCCAAAGGAAAAAGCAAGACACGCGACCUGGUGUGUUUCGUCCAGUUUGACAAUGUGAAUGUCUACUAUGGCAAAGAGUACAAAAACAAAUACAAGGCCCCAACAGAUUUCUGUUUUGUUCUGAAGCAUCCUCAGAUCCAGAAAGAGUCUCAAUAUAUAAAGUAUCUGUGCUGUGAUGAUUCCUGGAUGAUGACUCUCUGGGUCACAGGGAUACGUAUUGCAAAGUAUGGGAAGUCUCUGUAUGAAAACUACAAAACCUCCAUGGCGAAGGCACAACUCACCUCUGCAUGGAACAACCGUAGCACCACUACAACAUCCACCCCGUCAACAUCUUCCACUAUUACCAACGCCAAAGCUUCUGGUAAGGCCAAUGGAUAUGCUCCCCAACCGCCUGAAGAACCUGUGGCCAACAUUGGCAUUGAACCUCCUCCACCACCACCCCUGCCACCUGCACAGAUCCUCCCCCCACAUCCGACUGUUAAGAGAAGCCCAUCCCCAAAUGCUACCACCAAAAAACUGCCCAGCUUGCCAACCAAGUACCCCCCAUCACAGGCAACCAUAUUCAAUCUUCCUGCUCCACCUCUGUCUCAGGAUGAUAGUUCAGAGUCACCACCAGACUUCCUCCCUCCCCCUCCCCCACUUCCGGAUCCUGGAUUCCUCUCGUUACCACCUCCAGUCAGCUUCUUACCCCCACCACCGGACUCAGAUUUUCCCCUACCCCCUCCACCACCUGACCCUGCCUUCUGCCCUGUGACCAACAGGGUUCCCAAACCAGCACCUCCGCCUCGCCAAUUGUAUAUGGGGGCUGAUGUCCCCGCUCCUCCACCCCCACCCCCACCUUCGUUCACUCCAACCUCAUCAGUGAUAAAAACAGCCCCCCUUCCACCCAAGAGGACUACACCAAUGCAAGCAGCACCCCCCGGGGGCGGAGACUUCAUGUCAGAACUAGCCAGGGCUAUGGCAAAGAAACGUGCCAAUCAGUAGAACAGGUGGCACACCUUAUACUUUUUAAACAUUCAGUAAAAUUAACCUGGUCAUAUAACUGCAUGACAGCAAGAAUUUAAAGCAAAGUAAAUUGCAUAACAUCAACAUGUGAUGAAUCAGUUAGGAAGUUACUUACGUAAUAUAUUUGUUAGAGCACCUGUAUUAAUUUGAAAAUUGAGUAGCACAUUUGAGAAACAAAAAUGUACCUUUGAAAACAAGAACAAUUGCAAUGACAUGUCACAGAAAAAAAAUUCACAAUGUAUUCCAAACGUUUACACAAAUUGACUGACCCUGGUGUGCCAGAAUGAAUGUUGGACAGGGUUUUACUCUCCUUCAGUGUGUGUGCUGGAGAAUACUUGAUGUAUGAGUCAGUAAAAAGCUGAUAUGUACAACAUUAACUUUUUUGAACUUCUGACACUCCAGAAUCUGCUCUGGAGUUAUUAAAAUCAUAAAGACAAAUUUGACAUUAUGAAACAUUUUAACAUUAACAUCUGACAUUGUUGUGUUGUUUAUCAACUUAUAGGACAUUUGAUAGGACAUGUAUUAACUUAUAGGACAUGUUUGUUACAGUUGAUCCGAUCAUUUCAGAGUUUUAAAAUGUUCUGUAAAUACAGUAUCUGCAGUAUUUAAGUUUUUGAGUGGAAGGUAAUUCUCCUUGACUGUCCUUUGUCAUUAACUGAUCAAAUGUUAAUAGACCAUCUGUACAUGAUAAAAUCACUCCCAUGGCUGAUCUCCAUUGCAUAAGCUUUAUGAAGUGAUUUACUGCUAAUCAUCUUCAUCACACUUUUCUUGCUUUUUUGCCCUCUAGUAAUAUCAUCUGAACAUUUUAGUAUUUUUUGUGCAGAUUGAAGGUGGUCCUAUACAACUAUUCUCUACAAUUUAAAGUGUUUCUGUAUUUGUCAUGGCAAAUCUUUUGUGUAAAUGCACCUGAUGCAUAAAUUACACAACUCUUAAUUGUACUGUGUAAUCUACUAUGUCUACAGUUUUAUUUCUUUUCAAGUAAUGUAAUUGAUUAAAUACAACUGUUCAA